GAUGGAACCAAUUUUAUCAUACUUUUGGUAAAUUUGAACAUUUUCCCAAAAUUUGAAAUGAUAUUGCAAGGAUUAAGGCCUCAUCCAUCCUCCGUUUGCUAUUCUCUCAAAAUGGUGUCCUUAUUAUUACCCAAUUUGUCUUCCCCAAUUUCCCGUUUAACCCUUCUAUGUAGACCCUCACUUCAGCUCACAUUCAAAGCUACAAGUAAAUUUCAAUUGCAUAACAAAUGGUUCAAAUCUUUUUCAGCUUCUAAUCUUCCAAUGGUUGCAAAUGAUAAUUUAGUUGUUUUGGGCAUCGAAACAAGCUGUGAUGAUACAGCUGCCGCUGUUGUAAAUAGCAGUGGUGAAAUUCUCAGCCAAGUUAUCUCUUCUCAGGCAGAACUGCUUGCUCGAUAUGGAGGAGUUGCUCCUAAGAUGGCAGAGGAAGCACACGCACUGGUGAUUGAUCAGGUGGUACAAGAAGCGCUAGCUAAAGCUAAUCUAACUGAGAGGGAUCUAACUGCAGUUGCUGUCACGAUUGGUCCUGGUUUAAGCCUUUGUCUGCGAAUUGGUGUGCGGAAAGCAAGGAAAGUUGCUGGUUCUCAUAAUUUACCUCUUGUUGGUGUCCAUCACAUGGAAGCUCAUACUCUGGUUGCCAGGCUAGUGGAAAGAGAGCUGCAGUUUCCUUUUAUGGCCCUACUUGUCUCAGGUGGGCAUAAUCUUUUAAUCCUUGCACGUGAUCUUGGCGAUUACAUACAACUUGGGACAACAAUUGAUGAUGCAAUUGGUGAGGCAUAUGACAAAACGGCAAAAUGGCUUGGUCUUGAUUUGAGGAGGAGUGGGGGCCCUGCUGUGGAGGAGCUAGCUCGAGAAGGAGAUGCCAAAUCUGUCAAUUUUAAAGUCCCUAUGAAACAACACAAGGAUUGUAACUUCUCAUAUGCUGGUCUGAAGACGCAAGUGAGGUUGGCAAUUGAAGCAAAACGAAUCAAUGCUGAAAUCUCUCUUGCUUCAGCUUCUGAUGAAGAGAGACAGGCUCGGGCGGAUAUUGCUGCCUCCUUUCAGCGAGUUGCGGUAUUACAUUUGGAGGAAAAGUGUGAACGGGCAAUUGAGUGGGCUUUGAACAUUGAGCCUUCUAUAAAUCAUUUGGUAGUGUCUGGAGGUGUUGCAUCUAACAAGUAUGUCAGAGCUCGGCUUGAUGAGGUUGUGAAUAGGAAAGGGCUGAAACUUGUAUGCCCCCCUCCAAGCCUUUGUACUGACAAUGGUGUAAUGGUUGCUUGGACUGGCAUUGAGCAUUUCCGUCUGGGCAGAUUUGAUCCUCCACCUCCUGCAAAUGAACCAGAAGAUGCUGUGCUUGAUUUGCGGCCAAGGUGGCCACUUGGUGAGGAGUAUGCUGAAGGAAAAAGUGAAGCUCGCUCAAUGAGAACAGCACGGAUGCAUCCAUCACUUACCUCUCUCAUCAAGGCAUCUAUUAAGCAGGAGUCACAGUCUGCAAUUUAAAUAACUCGAGACUUUUUUACAAUGGGCAUCCACAAACGUGUAGAUAUUCUAUAAAGGUGGUUUGCAUAGGAUCAAGAUUUGAAUGUUUAAUCAUUUUUGGAAGUUGGUGACCAGAAAUGCUUGAAAGAACCGUAAUUCAAGAGCAACGAGCAUUUGGGGAAAAAUUCUGUGUUAUGGAAGAUCAGAAAUUCCCCCUUCUCAGUAUAUUUUGGUGCUGUAUCAUGUUUUAAUGCUCCUGCAUUUGGUAGUUUUCCAGCUUGUACUUGAAGAAUUCAGAAGUUAGAUGGAGAAGUCUCAAUUCUAUACAUAGGUGUAGAUGAGAUAGUAGAACCCCUCUUCUCUAAAUUACUUUUUCUUAUUUUGGAAAACAAAAAAUACUACUACUGGUCAAUAAGAAAUAAGAGGGAAUUUUUUCAGAGAAUUCCUUGAAGGUUUGUUGCGGUA